CCUUUUUAUGGGGCGGCCUCUCUGUUUUUUCAGCGUUCCGUUAUCGUCGCCUGUGAGCCUUAAGUUGAACAUGUGGCAGGCGCGUAGAUUGUCUUCACGUGACAGUCUGGUGGUCUUCUUCUGGAAAGUGCUGAUCAGGAGAGAAUAAAAAGAAAUACUACGAUGAUCUGAUGGUUGCGGGUGUGCCAGUGCACGGAAGAGAUAGUGUGGAGGAGCAGCAGCUGAUAUUUCAUGCCGCGUUACUGUCAACGUGGACCAAGGCCGGCCUCAGCUCCUCUCCGUUGCUCGCCUCUCGUCUCCGACCGUCCUCUCCGUCGCUCGCCUCUCGUCUCCGACCGUCCUCAGACCAUCAGGCACAUGAUCGAGGACGACUGCGCCGACAACGGGAUCCCCCUCCCCAACGUCACCAGCAAGAUCCUCGCCAAGGUCGUCGAGUACUGCAAGAAGCACGUUGAGGCCGCCGCCGAGAGCAAGUCCGAGGACCGCCCCUCCCCCGCCACCGCCGUCGAGGACGAACUCAAGGCGUGGGACGCUGAUUUCGUCAAGGUCGAUCAGGCCACGCUCUUCGAUCUGAUUCUGGUCGGUCAGUUGCUGCUCUCUUAGAACCCUAAUUGCUGAAAUUUCAAUUGAUUGUUUGUGAUGUCGACGUUUCUCAUAACUUCGAUAAUUGCAGAGGCCGGUAAAUUUGUGAUGAACAUAUGUUUUUUGGUGGAUGAGUUAUGAGUGUUGUUCUUG